CGAAAAUGGCGGAUGAACUAGAUAGAGUGCGGAUUUCAGCUGCGGAGCUGCGAGCUGGAGCGUCGAACUUGGCCAACCACGAAGAGAGCCUGAGAGACUCGCGAGAGGAGAGGCGAGGCCCGCGUCAGCGCGAGGGGAAGCGGCCGGACCUGCAGCGCUACCAGCCCGUCCUGGGGCCGGGACACAGGCGCAGAGACACCGCAGAGGGAGAGGGGCCCGCGGGCUCCAGACAAACCCAGGGCCUCGGGGAGCCGGAGAGGAUGGAGAAGGCAGAGGACUUCACGCCGGCGACGGACCACGAGACCGCCGCGGACACGAAGGCGUGUCAGGGGAGCGCGGAGAGGCCGGAUAAAGAUGCUGACUGCGCCGGCGCCGACCAGGGCGGCCCGCACACCAUCGGUUCCCAGGACUUCGGCGCGGAGCCCGGCGGUCGAUCAGAUUCGCUUCACCACGCUCGGGCAGAUUCUGCAGGCCCCGACAGCCAGCAGCAGGACUGUCCGAAUCCUGCCGCGGAACCCAGCGCUACCAACGCUUGCGCGUCCCGGUCUCCCAGGCCGGCACGGAAGGUUCGUAAGCCUGACCGGGAGAUAUAUCAGCCGGGAGGGAGGAGGUGUCAGCAGCAGCAGCAUGGCGCCAAGGACACCGGCUCAAGCAAAGAGCCAGAGAGAGCCGCCAGAGAGGAGCAGAGGAGGGACUGCCGUCCGGGCAAGGACGCCGGAGAGAGUGAGGAGCGAGGAGGGGGGAAACGGAGAGAGGACAGAGAGAAGGGUGAGGAGGGCAAGGAGACGGCCAGGAAGCAGGAGCACAAAGCCGCCUCUGCCGAGCAGGGGAAAGGGAAGAGAGAAGCUGGAGGCGCUUCCACUGCAGCUGACGCUGGUGGUGGCGCAGCAGUGGAAAACCUCACAGGCAGGGUGGAGAGGCUGAGCGUCAGCGUUUCCUCAGGGGCGGAGGUGGAGGGGAAGAGAGGAGGGGGCGAGGAGGCCGUCGGGAGGAGGAGGAAAGCGGGGAACGAGGGAAAGAGAAACCGAGCCGGAGGAGGGGGGCCGCGUGGGGGAGACGAAAACGUGGAGAAGAAGAGCGAGAAGAAAGGGAAGGGAAAUCGGAAGAAUAGAGGAGGGGAGAAGGAGGCAGACUGGGAGCCAAAGAAGAGAGGGGGUGAGAGGGGCAGGGUUGUGGGCGACAGAGAGGUGGAUGAGCAGGAGGAUGAGAGGGGGGGAGAGAGGGACAAAGAGAGAGAGAGGGACACGGGAGGGUUUAGAGACAGGGAGAGGGAGCGAGACACACCAAAGGACACGCAGAGGGAUAGAAACAGGGAAGGGGAGGUGGAUAAAGCGAAAGAAAGGGACGGAGGGAGAGGGACGGUCAGGGAGGCGGAGGCAGCAGAGCAGGGACAGGAGGGAGGCGGCAGGCUGCAGCACGGAAGCUCCGGUAAAACAGCCCUCGCGUCGAAGCGCUACUCCAAGUCCGACAAACGCCGGCCCCGUACCUACAGCACCAGCUCGGCCAGCAGCGGGACGAGCAUGGAAGGCCCGGGGGAGGCGGGGAGGAACAGAGGCCCCUUGGGACUGGGGAAAGCGAGGGGCCGAGGGAACGGGGGGGUGUCGCGGCCCGCGUCCGCGGGGAAGGACCGGGAGGACUGGGGGAGGGGGCAACAGCUGCAGCAGAAGAAGAAAUCGACCCGAGAUUUCUCCUCCACCGACUCUCUGGAGGAGAGCGAGACCGGCAGAGAGGGGGAGACGCGGAGGCUGAGGCAGAGGGAGAGGAACAGGGAGGACGACUGGAGCCCCGACAGGAGGGCGGGGGAGGGCCAGACCUCCAGAGGAGGAGCUGGCGGGAGGAGCGUGGGCGGGAUCCUGAGGGUGUCCUUCGACAAGCCCUCGGGCGCCGGGGAGGACCUGCAGAGGAGGCAGGAGGCGGGGCCCCGUGGGCGAGGGAGGGGCAUCCUCGUUCUCCCCACCCAUACUGACAUCACGGUGUCCCCAGAGCCGGGACCCAGGCUGCUGAUUGGAGGGAGAGGCGGGGCCGGCCAGGGCAGGGGCAGAGGAGGCCGGGGAGGAGCCAUCAGGAGACUUUGGGACCCCAACAAUCCUGAUCAGAAACCGGCUUUGACCCGAGGCCAGCAGUACCAGCAGCCCCUACACCUGCAGCAGCAGGGGGGUUACGGUCAGCUGCACUUCCUGGAUACUGACGACGAAGCUGCAGGGAGUCCCCCAGUCCGCCAGGGGGAGCCCUUCCAAAGCUUCCCCACCUCCCAGCAGGCUGCUGCUAUGAAUGCGGCAGCCAUGGCCUACUACAAGUUCCAAAAUUCUGACAAUCCAUACUGCUACCCAAUGCCGCCCAACGCCCCCGCCCGCUACCCGUACCCCUACCACAUUCCCUACCAAAUGCCCGGCGCCAACGGCGUCUACCCCACCACGCCCUCCUUUUACGCGGGGUACGGCCAGCCGCCGGGUGCACAGGGCUACUCCCCGGCGGGGACCCAGCUGACCCCUGAGGAGGCGGAGCUUCAGGCCAGGGGCUGA